AUGCAGGGAACUGGGAGCGGCGUUACACGUGCUGGUCUCAGCAAGCCGAGUGCCGUGGUGCGUGAGUUGCAUAAAAACGAUGGAACAAAUCCGCGGAGUACGCGCGGCCGUCAGAUUGCCACUGAGGUGGAGAGUCUGAUGGAGGAUGUGUACGGUGGCGCAAUGACUCAGUGUCCACCCACUUCAUCAGGAGUAGACGGCAACUACGCACGAUUUAAGACGUCGUUUAACGCGGCUUCCGUACCGCAAAGUUGGCAACAUGGUCCUGUAGAUGCAAAUGGGCGCUGCUUUAACGCCAGUGAUCGGAAUCUGCUAUGCAUGGAUGUAUAUAUUCAAAAUAAAUUGUGCGUGGUGGGUUCCGCAGAUCAUGGACUCAAGGUUUUUGAUAUCACAACCGGAAAAGAGAAGAAAAAUCUUUAUGCCAAGAACUAUGGUCACACGGAGUGGGUGACAUGUUGCAGGUUCUUUCAAAACAGUGGUCAGAUCAUCUCUGGCGGGAUGGACAGUAAACUGUGUCUUUGGGAGGCCACGGGACCUGUGCGCUGCAGCGAUCUACUGGGCCAUACCGGCAGUAUCAGUCAAGUUGAAGUUAACAAUUCAAGUAACAUCGCCCUCAGUAGCGGCUAUGAUCGGACCAUGCGUCUUUGGGAUUGUGGCGGCGGCGGCGGACGUUGUUUGGCGACAUUAGCUGGGCACAAAGCACCUGUGAUGAUGUUUUCUUGGUGCGGAGCGCAAGUGCUCUCGGGAGAUCGUCAAGGCGUAGCAAAGAUGUGGGAUCUUGAAACGGGGGACUGUCUCGCAACAAUGGCCACCAAACGUGGACAAAUUGGGUCUCUCUGGCAUCUUCUUCACACGAGUGUAGGCCUCCUUUCCGUCAUUGGGGAUCAGGGUGGCGUUGUCACUGUCGUGGACUUCCCUCGCACAGGAAGUAAGCCCGUCUUUCAAGACGUUUUGCACCCUGGCGGUGUUGUUAGUGGCAUCCGCUCUAUUGACGAGACACCGUACUUAGUCACAGCAGGUGCAGAUAAAGUCAUACUCACUUUGGAUCCUCGCGCAAAUUUUGCCGAAGUGCACCGCUUCACUGAUCACCGCGACUUUAUCUACUCCAUUGAAACAUUUGGACCGCUGGUGCUCUCUGGUGGAGGUAACGGCUGGCUGCUUGUGCACAACGCCAUGACGGGCAAGUGCUGUUACGGCCUUGGAGCCAACGCAGCCGCUGUGCGGGAGAUUUUUGCAACCCCUGAACAUUUGGUGGCGGCCGGUGAUGACGGGAACGCGAUGGUGUAUGACUAUAUGUAA